AUGUUGCGACUGGUCACGCCAAGAGUGCUUGCUCGAGCUUUGGUGCCAACCCUCGUACAAGCAAACCAUCUCAGUAUCGGCGCAGCUCCACGCUACUUAUCGUACACCGUCACAUCACCGGAGCAGGAUCAGGCUGCGAAAUCAAGCCUGGAAGGAUGGACGCGAGCCAUCCAGUCUCAAACAACCAAGUCGCGCGACACAGCCGACCUCAACAAAGUACGCCAGCUGCUCCUCGUUCUUCCCAAGCUCUCUGAUGCUUCCUCUCGCGUCACUUCUUCCCCUGGCUUCAUAGAGAAGCAUAGCUCCGAAGACAUACUAUCUCUCUCAUCAGGUGCAGCAGUGCCACUAGGCACUGAGCUAGUCUUAUUCAACCCCCUUCUUAGCGAAAGCACUCUCGGUACUGAUGGAACAGAAAGAAGGUUUGGUCCACCUGGAGGACUAGAUCAGCGUAUGUGGGCUAGUGGAUCGUUCGAGUUCGAGCAGGGCGCACAGCUGAGAGUCGGACAAGAGGUGGAAUGUGAGGUUUCUGUGGAGAGCGUUGUGCCGAAGGAAGGAGCAAAGACGGGAUUGAUGGUGCUUGUUACCAGGAAGUUGGUGUAUAAGGCUGACAUGGGGACUGUGUCGACAGAGCGAAGGACUCAUGUGUAUAGGAAGCAGAUGCCUGCUGAUCAGCGUAAGUACGUUCCACCACCGGCGGAUACGACACCAAAUACUUCGGAAGUUGAGGCGAAGCAGUCAGACUUUGGAUUCGAUUACUAUGCCACACGAGCAGCGCUGUUCCGAUACUCUGCUGCGACAUUCAACGCCCACCGCAUCCACCUUGAUCCAGAAUACUGUAGGAAUGAGGAAGGGCAUCCAGACUGUUUAGUACAUGGUCCACUCACAGCGACAUUGUUGCUCAACCUCGUGGCCUGUGCUGCUCGCGCAUUCUCAAGCCAAGUGAAGAAGUUCGAGUAUCGCGCAACAUCACCUCUCACAGUCGAGCAACGCAUUCGACUGCGAGGUGCGUGGGAAGGCGGAGACAAGAAGAAAGCCUUACUCUGGGCCCUGAACGAAGCUGGGACGGUGUGCAUGACUGCCAAAGCCACUCUCCUAUGA